AUGACAAAAUUAGGCAUUACGCCAGGCGUUCAUGGCGAUGGCACCGACGAAAAGAGUGCUGAUACCGUCACCGAUACGGUGAAAGUUGAUCCCAAGGUGUUCACCGUACUACAGCCGACGGUGAUUCCGAUUCAGACACAACCGGCAGCAAAACCACGCCGCUCUAUCGGCAGUGCCAUUUUGCGCGGUGUUCUGCUUUUCCUCCUAUUCAUCUCAUGUUUCACAGCUGGCAUGGUGCUCAUCUAUGGAGCCGACACGAUCUUCAAUGGAAUUUACGGGGCUAUUAAGGGCGAUCAGAGCGCCGUUGCUACUACCAUGGCACCAACAGCAGAACAAUUCGGCCUGGUUAAUCCAAUGGGUAAUGACCUCAAGGACGGAAAGCCGGCAGCAGAUGACGAGAUGAAAGUCUUCUUCAACUCCAUCCCACUGGCUAAAGUAAUGGUGAUCGAAGGUGGAAAUACCCCCGAUGUGAACGGCCAGCAAAAAGCGAUGAACGAGCGACCCAUGCAUCCGUAUGAACAGCAAGAGAUUCCUUAUGACGCGUACAACAAUCGUCCAGCGAUGCCUCCGCCGAUGUGGGUUCUCCAGGCCAGACAGAUGGAGCGAGCUCAGGCUAUUCGUCAGUGGAGAUGGCGUCGUCUGCAACAAGCUAUCUAUGAACAGCAAAUGAUGAGAGAGGCGAAUGGCGAGAGCCGAAUGGGCACAGGUACGGCAGAGCAACAGCAACGAGCAGCCCAGGAAGAACAACUGGCUCGUGCAAUCGCUCAGGCUCGCUGGGAACAAGUGCAACGAGCCCGUGCUAUGGAGGAGUACCAGGCCGAAGUGCUGACCAGACCACAUGACGCGUCACCGGCUCAAAUUCUCUCCAUGCAACAACCGACCGUACCACCUGCACCGGAGAUGGGCAUGCACGACAAAAUCUAUCAGGAGAUGCAGAGAAGGUCCCAGUUCAUGGAGUUCAACGUCCCUUCAAGGCCUAUUUGGACCGCUAUCACACCUACACCGGAAACCCCCGGAAACUACGACCACGACGCAAUCUUCCAGGAGAAUCUGAAGAAAAUCAACGAAAUGUCGACGACCACUGCUUCACCGAUGACGACCGUCAAGGUGGCUGAGAUCAAACAGGUUGAAGGCGAAAACAUGUUCCGCGAUAUUCUGUCCGUAUUCGACGAGGCCGAGAAGAAAGUGGAGACCGUGCCAACUACCACCGAGAGCGUCUUCAAGGGCAUUCGAGGACAAAUCGGCGUCUACCGAGGGACCGCUAUCACACCCGACACCGAAACUCCCGGAAACUACGACCACGACGCAAUCUUCCAGGAGAAUCUGAAGAAAAUCAACGAAAUGUCGACGACCACUGCUUCACCGAUGACGACCGUCAAGGUGGCUGAGAUCAAACAGGUUGAAGGCGAAAACAUGUUCCGCGAUAUUCUGUCCGUAUUCGACGAGGCCGAGAAGAAAGUGGAGACCGUGCCAACUACCACCGAGAGCGUCUUCAAGGCAUUCGAGGACAAAUCUGCGUCCACCGAGAUGCCGAAGAUUGAGAAAGAACCAACAAAGGAGGUGGUUGACAGCGCUGCACAGAUCGACUUGCCAGCCGACAGUAUUUUCAAGACGGUUGAAGAACAGAAACCCGAACCUGAGAAUGUAUUCAAGGCAGUCGAGGAACAGAAACCUGAGCCUGAAAACGUUUUUAAGACGGUCGAGGAGCAGAAACCCGAGGAGGCACAGAUCCCUGAAGAAGACUCGGAAGGACCCGUCGGACCAGUUGUCAUUGAGGACAGAUUUCCACGUAUCGGCGCCAGAACUACCGUACCUGUGGAGUCCACAACACCUGUAGCUGAUGUCGAGAGCGAUGAGGACAUGGAGCAUGAUCCCCUGGCCGCGUUUCUAAGAUAUUUCGAACAAGAAGCACAGAAGAUCCGUGGUCCACCAAAGACUGCCAUUGUAGACAGCGAGGUGCGUAAGGAGGAUCCUAAGACGGUAGGUCUUCACACCUGA